CGCAGUUGGGAUAACGCGAAGAAGAACAAGAACAAAACCGGGAAAUUAAAAGUAACAACAACGCAGAAAAAGAAAAGGAAAAACUGCCGAAUGACCGGAACAAAAACGUUUUUAUUCUGUAUAUGGAGACGCUUAUAUCACACAAAGAGCACAAUAGGAUGCUCAAGAUUGAUUUAAAUUGAUGCCCCGCAAAGUGGCAAAGACAGAGAAGCCUCCCCUGCAAUUCCUGGAGCGGCCUCUGAGUGGUGCCAGACUUCAAAAUGUGCCUGAAGUCAGAGCUGCAAUCAAUCCCAGAGAGUUUUUCUCACAGACCCACAGCACUUCUGCUCUCACUUCUUGGGUGGAUCCCCAGUUUGACAUCUCAUCUACAAGUGGGCCUCUUUUGAAACGAAGAAGAAGAAAAUGCCAGUCCGUCACAAGGAUUGUUGACACCUGUAACGAGUUCUCCAGGAAAACGGUGUGCAAAUAUCCCCGGUUAUCAUUUCAUGGGGCGCAGAGAGACAACUCCCACAAUCCAAGUGGACACCGCGCAAAGAAAGCUGCAGAGGUGACGUCCAAACCCAAUCAACCGCAGGGAUCACGCCAAAGCAAAAGGACAAAUUCACCUGCGCCUAAAAGACGAAGAAAUCCCCCAAAAUCCUCGGCUAGAGCUCCCAACGAACAUUUGAAUCAAACUGACAAUCAGCUAGAGGAGGUAACGGAGGAAAGCAGAACUCCACCUGGUGGGUGUAGCACCCCCGGCCCACCGCCUGACGUGGACACUCCAACGAUGAGGCAGGAAAGGAACAGUUGCCCCAUGUCUCCCCGUGUAUGUUCACUUUUGGCUCAACAUAGCUCCCCAAAGCAUCACCCGCAUCCUGAUAUUUUGGUAUCUGACACACCAGAGAGUGACUAUGGCGUGAAGGUGACAUGGAGGAGGAGAAAGAGCUUGAUGAUGAUGUUAAAAGAGAGGGGUCUACUGGAUUAGUCACCUCAGUUUAUCAUAUUGUUUUUUUUAACUUGAUUUUCUGUAAAAAAAAUAACCAUCCUUUAUUUUUUUUUUGCUUCACCCUCUUUUUAAAUGAUUGAUAUUUACUAUAAAAAUCAAAUGAAGAAUAAAUUACCCAAACUUCGUCUCUA